AUGGCUCCGGCUGCCAAGGCACCACGUGGUCGACCACCCAAAACCGUGUCGGUGGAGCUGCCAGCACCGUUGCCCAUUGCUACCACGGCGCCUCCAAAGUUGCGGAAUGCUGAGGAUGCAGCGCUGUCUGGUAGGGAAAACCCUUCAACUAGGGAGGACAUCACUACGGAGGAACAGGUGGGCGCGAACGGGGGUUCGCCAAAGGUCGGGCGAGCUAAGCGCCAGGCUGCUGCUGACAAUGGCACUGACCCUUCCAACGAGGUUCCGGCUUCCAGUCUCCAGGCUGCUGCUGUCGACAAUGGCACUGGCCCUUCCAACGAGGCUCCGACUGCCUGUCGCCAGGCUGCGGCUGACGACAAUGGCGCUGGCCCUUCCAACGAGGCUGCGACUGUCUGUCGCCAGGCUGCUGCUGACGACAAUAACGUGGGCCCUUCAAACGAGGCUCCAACUGCCACUCACCAGGCUGCCUCUGACAAUGGCGCUCGCCCUUGCAAUGACGCUCCGGAUCGUCGCCAGGCUGCUGCGAACAAUAGCACUGGGCCUUCCAACGAGGUUCUGGUGGCUUCCAGUCGCCAGGCUGCUGCUGACGACAAUGGUACUGGCCCUUCCAACGAGGCUCCGACUGUCUGUCGCCAGGCUACGGCUGACGACAAUGACGCUGGCCCUUCUAACGAGGCUCAGACUGUCUGUCGCCAGGCUGCUGCUUACGACAAUGGCGCUGGCCCUUCUAACGAGGCUCCGACUGUCUGUCGCCAGGCUGCUGCUGACGACAAUGGCGCUGGCCCUUCCAACGAGGCUGCGACUGUCUGUCGCCAGGCUGCUGCUGACAACAAUGGCGCUGGCCCUUCCAACGAGGCUGCGACUGUCUGUCGCCAGGCUGCUGCUGACGACAAUGGCGCUGGCCCUUCCAACGAGGCUGCGACUGUCUGUCGCCAGGCUGCUGCUGACGACAAUGGCGCUGAUCCUUCUAACGAGGCUCCGACUGUCUGUCGCCAGGCUGCUGCUGACGACAAUGGCGCUGGUCCUUCCAACGAGGCUGCGACUGUCUGUCGCCAGGCUGCUGCUGACGACAAUGGCGCUGGCCCUUCUAACGAGGCUCCGACUGUCUGUCGCCAGGCUGCUGCUGACGACAAUGGCGCUGGCCCUUCUAACGAGGCUCAGACUGUCUGUCGCCAGGCUGCUGCUGAUGAUAAUGGCGCUGGCCCUUCCAACGAGGCUGCGACUGUCUGUCGCCAGGCUUCUGCUGACGACAAUAGCGUUGGCCCUUCAAACGAGGCUCCAACUGCCACUCACCAGGCUGCCUCUGACAAUGGCGCUCGCCCUUGCAAUGACGCUCCGGAUCGUCGCCAGGCUGCUGCGAGCAAUAGCACUGGGCCUUCCAACGAGGUUCUGGUGGCUUCCAGUCGCCAGGCUGCUGCUGACGACAAUGGCACUGGCCCUUCCAACAAGCUUCCGGCUGCCAAAAAGUCGCGUGGUCGACCACCCAAGGUCGUGUUGGUGCAACCGGUAGCACCUGAGGCCAUCGCUGCCACAGUGACUCGAAAGUCGACGAAGGCAACGCAUGCAGCGCAGCCCGCCUGCGAGAACCCUUGCACCAGCAAGGAAGUCGCUACGAAAGCCCCGAUAGUGAGCCGCAGAAAGCGUCCGAGAAGCUGCUCUUCAAGCAGCACUCACGAUCAGCGAGGCUUCGAAGCGUUGCAGUGUCGAGAGGAAGGUGAGCCGCAGAGGAUCCAGGCGCUCGUCCCGCAUUUGUCAUACGGGCGCGCGCAUGAAGCCUGA